AUGAAUUUCGUUUUCUUCUUCUCAACCAAAUCAGACGGACUACUCGACUCGAAAAGGUUACCGCCACUGGAUGAUUUAAUCGCACAACAUCCGGAGUUGGGGGAUAGGUCAGAUGAAGCAUGGGAGGCUCAAUCGUUCAAGGAGAUACGAUGCUUGGAAAUUCUUUUUCCAACCGCCCAGCCUGCGGAUCCUCCCGACCCUGAAGCGAUACUUGGUUCUCAAUCAUCUGAAGAUGUCCUCUGGCAUGGGGAAAUCGCGAAUGGUCGACGAGUUCUCCAAGAAGUCCCCUUCAAUCUCCGUCAGGGAGCUGAAGGUGAUAUUCUCUUCCUGCAUUCUUCUGUGUGA